AUGGAGAUGCCAGCGCCAAAAGACGACGAGCAGACUCCGCUCUUGUCUCACGGCAGUACAACGCACGACCAUAGUGCAGUGACAGGGCUCGGAAAUGAUGUCGCGGUACGAGGAGGGACUUCUGAUCUCGAUGGGGAGGCAUACGAUAAUGUUCCGAAGGCGAAGAGGCAGCUAGGGCUUUUCAGCGCCGCCUUCCUCAUAUUCAACCGUGUUAUCGGGACUGGGAUUUAUGCCACCCCAAGCAACAUUCUUCGGUCUUCAGGCAGCGUCGGAGUAGCUCUGCUGAUGUGGCUCGUCGGAGCCCUUAUUGCUGCUUGUGGGACGGCAGUGUACGUAGAACUUGGAACGGGUCUUCCACGCAGCGGCGGGGAGAAAAACUACCUAGAAUUCAUCUAUAGAAGACCAAAGUUCAUGGUGACGUGUGCUUUCACAAUUUAUACGCUCAUAAUGGGGACCGCUACAGCCAACAGCGUAGUGUUCAGCGAAUACCUUCUGCACGCCCUCUCGAUUGAGCCAACAUGGUUCCACACACGUCUGGUCGCUUUGUCCUGCCUAACAUUUAUUUGCCUUAUACACGGCACCCUCCUGAAAUUGGGUCUGCGUCUGCAGAACACCCUGGGGCUCUUCAAGCUUGUUGUUCUUGGUCUCGUUGCUUUCUCAGGCCUCCUCUCCCUCGCAGGGGUCCCGGGUUUCCAGGUCCGCAAAGAGUAUGAAAAACCGGACAAUCUGAGGUGGGAAAGGCUCUGGGACGGAAGUGGGACUGGAGCCAAUGCUUUUGUGAACGGGCUUUACAACGUCAUCUGGUCCUUUAUCGGUUACUCCAAUGCAAACUAUGCUCUCUCGGAGAUUCGUGACCCAGUCCGCACCAUCAAACGCGCUGCACCUCUGGCAAUGUUGUCCGUCACUGCGUUGUACCUCUUCAUCAACGUCGCAUAUUUCGCUGUGGUCUCGAAGACUGACAUUCUGGGAAGUCGUAGAAUUGUUGCGGCGUUGUACUUCAGGAAUCUCUUUGGCUCAGUGACAGAAAAGGCCCUGAGCUCUUUCAUAGCGUUAUCAACCCUAGGGAACCUCCUAGCCGGUCAAUUCUCUCAAGGCCGAGUUAUCCAGGAACUAGGACGCGAGGGCAUCUUACCAUACUCGCCGAUCUUCGCGAGCAACAAGCCUUUCAAUGCGCCUCUUGCCGGUCUAUUUACACAAUAUCUCGUCUCGUGUACCUUCCUCUUCGCCGUGCCGCCGGGAGACGCCUACUUAUUCAUGAUCAGCUUGUCGUCCUACUCGCUCACACUGGUCAACACUGUCGUUUCCUUCGGCCUACUCCUCCUGUACUCUCCAUCCUACCGUGUCUGGGAGUGGAUUCCCCCGUUCCGUGCACCCAAGUCCAUUAUUUUGAUUUUCUUCCUUUCGAACACGUUCCUCCUGAUUGUUCCUUUCUUCCCACCGCAACCUGGGUCGAGGACCUACGACAAAUUACCGUACUGGUCGCACUCGGUCGGGGGCUUCGCCGUUUCGAUGUUCGGGGUGGCUUACUGGUACAUAUGGACCAUAUGGCGUCCACGACGGGGUGGAUACACGCUGGAGCGCGAAUGGGUUCUUCAGGGCGAUGGAGUCUCGAGAUAUGCUUUCCGAAAGGUGCCUGUGCGAUAG